CGCCAGCACGACGAGGCAGCAGCGAGGGCUGCCGAUGAAGAAUGAAUUCAACGACGCGAGAAGAUAUUCAGCAGAGAGCGAGCUUUGCUCACAAUGGCAGCGGAUUGGCGGACUCAGGCCGAGAAUGGCAAGAUGGAAGAGAGUGGAAACAUGAUCGCUCUACUCCUCUCCCAUCUCACGGACCUCCUGGCAACAUGCAUUACACAGCAGGAGGACAUCCACAGCCUCGACGACGCGUUGGCUCAAGUCCACAGCCGCCUCUGGCAGCUGGAGCAGCGACCCGUUGCUGCCCCCGAUGCCAGCUCUUCCAACACCUCUGAUCGCCUCGAGGCAUUGGAGAUUGACGUCGGCUCCCUCAAGGACGGCGUGCAGUUAUCGCAAACCCCAACGCAACAGUUGGAGCAGCGGAUCUCUACUGCCGCCAACCACUCGAGCUCGGAACCGCGCGAGACAACUCCAAAGUUCGAUGGGCAGGAGAUCUUCUGCGACUCAACGAAGACAGACCUGAUUCCAUGGUUCCACAAGUUCGAGCUCACGUUGCAGCUACACUACUACGGAGUGGUGGCUGCCGACUUGCAUACCAAGAUCAGUUGGGAUGAUCUAAAGGCGGCAUGGCAUAAGCGGUUCCAAGUAGAGCCGCCGGAGAUCAAGGCAAUGGACAUGCUGAUGGUCUUCGAACAAGGCAUGUUGCCGAGUGUUGACUGGAUUGCCGAGUACAAACGCUUGACAUCCAUCCGAGACAUUCAAAUGGGCUUCAAAGCCAUCAAACACUACUUCAUCUCGAGGUCGUGUCUGGAAUUGGGCAAUGCCUUGACUCACGUCGAGGACACCCUGACGACACCGGCAGAACUCUUCGACAAGGCUGCGCAGAUUAUUGUCACGAACAAGGAGGCCAAAAAUCUCCAGCGCUCGUCUGUGCCAGGCCUGAUCAGAGAUCAACACCGACCGAAAGUGGCCGUGGUCGCGGCGGCAACACCAAACGACCAAACUAGCGAGGCCGUGUCUGCCAAUGAAGGGGACAGAUUCGCAACCGCCCGGGAAGGUGGCCGCCCCGACAGAGGCCGAGGACGCGGCAAGGCGAAGACAAACACCUCAUCUAGCCUCGGGCCCGGCGCAGCAGCUCCAGCCCCAUGGUCCCUUUACGGUCUCUCCGCGCAAGCGUACAAGGCACGCAUGAGAUUCCACUAUUGUAUGGGGUGUAACAGCGAUCUCCAUGACACAAUGGCCUGCCAGUCGAAAGGCAAGGGCAAAUCGGGAAACUGAGCACCGCCGGGAGUGACUCGACGACACUCUCGACACCUUCGGAACCGGUCACUUCGUGGU